AUGGAGGAUAUACCCAUGAACGACCUGCUAUUCUGGAGUGUCCUGGAAUUCACAUUCAGCAACCGCUCCACAGACUCCGAAUUCGUAAUGACGUGUCACCAGCACCGCUUCGUCGUUCGUCUCACCGUGAACCAAUUCGUCGCUUCACCGCAGCUAAGAGAGAAAUACCUCAUUUUCCUGGAUGUUGCUGAACAGUUUGAGUUGGGUGGGUAUACCGUGGACGACUUUUACGAUUGGGUUGCCGAGCCAAUGCUGCCUAUCUUUAGAGAAUUAUCGUCAAGUGAUAAUAUCGGAUCGACGUUGGAUGAGUUUCUUUUUCCAGAGACGCAUGUUCAUGAGUUAUUCGUGGAUGGCGACAAGAUGGUAGCUGAAGAACAACAAGAAGCUGAGGAUAUCCCACAAGGCUUUGGAGUCUCUUUUCCAGAGGACACGGAUUUCACGCCGUGGCCAACAUUCACACAGUCAGAAACUCGGAGAAUCUUUUUAAACGACGGAACCGCUGCGUAUAUGGAGCUCAUGGACCCAGGAAAUAAAUCCAGCUUACUUCAUGAAAUCUCAACGUACCGCAAAAUCCACGACGCCCAUCUCGACAAAACCCUCCGAAUCUCCCGUCUCAUCGGUCUCGUCCAAGCCAGAGAUGACGAAGAGGUGAUAAUAUACGGCCUGCUACUCACGUACAUCGACUGCGACCACAUGACGCUCUUCUGUGCCGUGCAACCAGAAACACCCGCGAACUUGCGGACCCGAUGGGCCACUCAGGUAGGCGAUACUCUUGCUCAACUACACGAAGCAGGAAUUGUUUGGGGCGAUGCAAAGCCUGAAAAUGUCUUGGUUGACCAGCAUGACGAUGCAUGGAUCAUUGAGUUUGGCGGAGGGUAUAUGGAGGGCUGGGUUGAGCAAGGAUUGGCGGGGACGAGGGAAGGCGAUUUACAGGCUCUGGGCAGGAUAACUGAGUUUAUACAUGCUACGGAAGAACCCACAAACAUCUAG